GGGCAAAAUACGGGAAGCUUAUAGGAUGGCAUUGCUUUUCAAAAUUUUAGGGUUUAGUUUGAUUUUCCUUUCUUACUCUGAAAUAACCAUGAGCCAUGGCAAAGGAAGUUGCUCAUCAUCUUGUGGAAGCCUCCAAAACAUCAAGUAUCCUUUUCGCCUGCGAGGUGAUCCAGCUGAAUGUGGUGGUUCUGAUUUUGAACUCAAUUGUGAAGGCAACAAUACAAUAUUGGAGAUCCACCGGAGUAAGUAUUAUGUCAAAGAUAUAUCAUACCAUGACUAUAAAAUCACGCUUGUUGAUGUUAAUUUGGCUCAUGGCAAUUGCAAUCUUCCUAGUGGAUCAAUAUAUCCAGGUGAUUACAAGGAAACAUUUUGGCUAGAAUGGCAGGAUAUUCAAGGUCAGGCCACAUUUAUUAACUGCUCAGCAAAGACCAACAUUCCAAGUUAUGAAAUUGUGCCCUGUCUUAGCAAGAAGAACUCAACUAUCUAUGUGAUAUUUGAUUCCUUCUAUAUUGGAAAUCUUGCAACAAAUUGUCAAUUUCUAUACACAAUUCCCCUGAUAAAAAAUCAUGAACUUCGUGUGUUUGAUCAACUCAAACUAGGCUUUCAGCUAAGUUGGCAUCCUCCUAUCAACUCAGCAACAUACGCCAUUCUUUAUUGUGGUCAAAGGAUGGGAUAUUUAGAUUUUUUCGAGAGGGAUGUUAUUAAUGGAGAAAAUGUCAUGACCACAUAUGAUAUGACAAGUCCUUUUUCUUUUCAAUUUGAUUUCAUGUUUUGUCUCCAUGAAGAGCAGUACCAUCAGUCAACAUUAACCUUCUAUGCAGUAGCAAUAAUUAUCAUAGUACUGGACAUAACAUUCCUAAUACUGGUUUUGUUAAUGAUUGGAAGAUUGCUAUUUACACCAUUAUGUGUUCUUUCAUUCCUUGCAUACAACUUAUUCAAGCUUAUCAAGCCUAUAGAUAGUGUUGAGAGGUUUCUACAAAACCAGAAAGCCCUCUCACCUUCAAGAUAUUCAUACAAUGAGAUUAUCACAAUUACAAGCAACUUCAAAGAGAAGUUGGGACAAGGGGGCUUUGGGUCCGUAUAUAGAGGAAGACUUCCUGGAGGUUAUUUGGUUGCUGUGAAGAUGUUAAGCAAAUCCAUGGGUAAUGGAGAGGAUUUUAUUAAUGAAGUAUCAACUAUCGGUAGGAUUCAUCACGUAAAUGUAGUGCAACUAGUGGGAUUUUGUGUUGAAGGUUCUUACAGAGCUCUGGUUUAUGAGUACAUGGAAAAUGGAUCUCUUGAUAAAUACAUUUUUAAUUCAAACAAGGCAAUUAGAUUCCUCAACAUGGAGAAGCUACUUGAGAUUGCCAAGUAUGUGGCCAAGGGACUUCAUUACCUACAUCAGGGAUGUAAUAUGAGGAUUCUACAUUUUGACAUCAAGCCUCACAAUAUCCUUCUAGAUCAAAAUUUUUCACCAAAGAUCUCUGAUUUUGGCCUAGCAAAGUUGCACCCUAAGAGCCAUAGUAUUGUCUCAAUCAGUGCUGCUAGAGGAACAAUUGGAUAUAUUGCCCCAGAAUUAAUAUCAAGAAGUUUUGGGACUAUUUCUCAUAAAUCAGAUGUAUAUAGCUUUGGCAUGCUACUAUUGGACAUGGCUGGUGGGCGUAGGCAUAGUGACUUGAAAGCAGAUAAUUCUAGUCAAGUUUACUAUCCUUCGUGGAUUUAUGAUAAGCUACAAAAGGUGGAAUUGUCUAAGAACUUUGACAAUUUUGAGAUUAAUGAUUUAGAGAGGAAGUUAUGCAUCGUGGGGUUGUGUUGCAUUCAAACGCGACCUGUAGAUCGUCCCUCCAUGUUCAAUGUUGUGGAGAUGCUGGAAGAUGAUGUGGAUUCCUUACAAAUGCCACCAAAGCCUUUCUUCUCUUCUUCAGAUCCAAUGUCUCCAACAAACAUUUUCAAGGAAAACUCUGAAUCUGAGCAAUCAAUAAUUGUAGAGAAUAUGUAAUCUAUGCAAAUAAUAUAUCAUUUAUAAGUAACUAUGCCAAAGUUGUUAUCCAUCACACAAUCUCGUAAUGGGUUGUUUUUUAUAUAAUAUAUUUUAAAUUCUAUUAAA